UGUAACAGCUUAACUGUGGCUUUUUAAACUCGCAUAUAUGUUCAGGAAGGCGAACGCGUGCACAAUAUGCAACAAGCACUCGUUCUGAGCUGCUUUCGUCAGGAGCGCGUUCCCUUCUCUUGAAUUUUCUAUGAGUAGACAUAAACGCACAUAAGCGGUCUGGUUGUCGAUGCCAAACAUAGGCGGAGCUCUACACCGAACGAUGCAAAUGUCCCUGGUGACCUUAUAGACUCCACGCGGCGAGAAAGCCCCCAGCAUCAUCGAGACGCAGGCGCCAUUUCAAGCAGCAUGGCGGAAGUCGACGGGGUGGAGCCGCCGACCGCCGAGGUCGCGCCCCCAGAGCCACCUGCAGCUCCGGUGCAAGACUCGGAGCCAGCAAAAGAUAGCUGUGGCACUGGCGGCGACGUCUCCGCCGCCGAGCCUGCCAACUGUAAGGCUGCCUCUGGUGGCCUGCCCGACGCGAUGCCUGGCGCCGCCACGGACUCAGGCGGGGGUGGGACCAAACAUGGCACAGAUGUAAGUAAUGUGAGCGCAGCUUGCGCCGGUGCAACAGACCCUGAGUCGGAGGCACAAGAUGCAGCCGACUCCCCAGCAGCAGCUGUCUCUGGUGAAGCUGGGGAAACCGCGGGAGCUGCCACGGAUCCCACGUCUGCGGCUGCUGCGUCGUCAUCACCUGCCGAUGCCGCAAGCACAGACGCAUCCGCCGCCACAGCCACAAAUGCAGCGACAGCCACAGCCACAUCGGACGGAGCCGCGGGCGCUGAGGCAGCCGCCAGCGCGCGUGACAGCGGCGCCGAUGUGGGUCAGGCGCGGCCGCCGGCAGCUGUGGCCGACGUGGAGGCCGCGGCGAGCAAGCGGCUUCAGGCGCUGCCGCCGCCGCAGCGGCACGGCCUGGCGGCGGCGGGGCUGCACGCGGUGCGGGGCAGGUGGAUGCGCGCCAAGAACGCCGUGGCCACCAUCUUCAGGGCCACGCUGCUGGUGGCGGCCGACAAGUCCGACUUCGAGAAGGAGAACAAGUCCGCGCUGGUGCAGGCCCAGGUGGGCGCCAGUGAUGUGGCCCUGGAGGUGGAGAACAUGCGCGACCUGGCCGACAUCAACUACGCCAAGCAGGGCAACGCAGAGAUGUACACCGAGGACGCACUGCUGGCGCGGCGGGCCGUGCGCACCCACCCCGCGGUGGUGGAGGCGGUGCGGGCCUGGUGGCGCUGGCUGCCCAAGUCCUCCACUCGUGUGGUGGUGCUGGGCGAGGCGGACGAGCUGGUGGAGGCAGCAGACCAGGAGGCAGCAGAUCAGGAGGCGGAAGCGGAGGCAGCAGAUCAGGAGGGCGAGGGAGGCGGCGCCGCAGGCGCUGCGGCCGCAGGCCGGGAGGGGAAGGUGGAGGGAGAGGGGGCGGCGGGCGGGGGGCGGCGCGGCAGCCGGGCGGGUAGCGACCCGGACGACGUGUUUGCUGCCACACUGGACUGCCCCAUCUACAGCGCCAUGGUGGUGGCCAUCACACUGGUGCUGCUGCCGCGCUUCGGCCUGCCCUCCGAUCCCGACUACGACCCGGCAGAGGACUGGCUGGACGACAACAAGGGCCUGCCCUACAUGGACUUUCCAAACUUCUUCGACGCCAUGUUCGAGCUGGCUGACAUGUGGUCGGACACGGUGGCGGGUCCCGAGUACGCGGAGCUGCUGCAGUCGCUGUUCCGGGACGUGCAGGCUCUGGAAGCCAGCCGGGGCCUCUUCUCAGCCCUGCUCAAGAAGUUUGGACACAAGCCGCCCCAGGAGCCCAAACAGGAGCCCCCGCCCGAGCCUAAAAAGGAGCUUAAGCCCAAGCCCGCUCCAGAGCCGGCACCGAGCACGCCAGCGCCGGAGCCGCAGCCGGAGCCGGAGCCGGAGCCGGAGCCGGAGCCGGAGCCGGAGCCGCCCGCUGCUGUGCCGGAGCCGGCGGUGGAAUCGCCAACGAAGCCAGUCAAGAAACCGGUUCCGGCGCCCAAGCCGGGGCUGGAGCCGGAGCCGGCGCCACAGCUCGCCAAGCCAAAGGCUCCGGAGCCAAAGCCGAAGCCGGCGGCGCCCUCGCCCUCGCCACCGCCGCCGCCGCCGGCGCCGCCGCAGCGGCCACAGCCUGAGGAGCUGGCCAAACCGGCUUCACCGCAGGGGCGCUCGCCACUGCGGGCUCCGCGGCAACAGGUGCCGCCCUCGCCCCCAGCUCGCGCGUCGCCGUCACCUCAGACGGUGGCGGUUGCGGGCCGGCAUGAAUCAUCACUGGAGCUGCCCGGCUACGACGCCGCCGACUACAGCGGAGUGGAGUCCGCCCUGGGCGCCUACCUGCGACAACAGCCGCCACAGCCGCAGCGCAACCGCGCGCCUGCCGAGCCGCAGCGGCGACACGUGGACAUGCCCAUGACGGAGUGGGACCGGGCCGGCGGACCCGGGUUCAAUUCCCCGCUGUUCCAACAGAUGUCGCCGCGCGGCACGCACUACCAGCACCUCACAGACGGAGGCGCGCACCUGAUGAGGGGGGCGGGAGGGCCGCACGGGGGUGGCGGGCACGGCCCCUUGCACGGCGAGCGGCAGCAGCAGCAGCAGCCGGCGUGGUACGGCGGAGGCGGCAUGGAUGGCGCGUUUGGCAUGCCCGGCGCCGACGCGCUGUUCGGGGCCAUGGUCCGCGGCGUCGGCAUCGGCCGCAGCGGCGGCGGCGGAGGCGGAGGUGGAGGCGGAGGCGGAGGCCGGGCCGGCAACCCCCACCAGCAGCCCUACCACUACCCCGGAGUUAGCUAUGGCGGCGCCGGAGGCGCCGGCGCCGGAGGCGGUGGCGGUGGCGGUGGCUACAGCCAGAACUCUUACCCGGGAGGAGGCGGCGGCGGGCGGUUGGAGGCGAGCCAGUCGGCGUACCAGCUGGGGCCUGGCGGCGGCGGCGGCGGCGGGGGCGGCGGCGGCGGCGGCGGGGGCGGCGGGGGCGGGGGCAUGGGACAGGCGCAACUGGGGCUGGGGGGUGUGGGGGGCAUGCACGGCGGACAGCCCGGCAGCCUGUAUGCCGAGUACAUGGAGUCGGUGAUGGCUAAGCGGCGGCGGCAAAGCCCGCAGCGGGCAGGCGGCGGAGGAGGAGGCAGUGGUGCUCCGUCACCCCCGCACCAGCAACACCCCUACGGCUCCAUAACCGGCAGGGGCGGCCGAAUGAGCGACCCCGGCGGCCCGGCAGGGGGCGGCGCGCGUGCCGCCACCGCCGCCGCCGGGAACGGGGUGGCGGUGGUGGGGUCUGCGGCCAUGCAGGGUGGCGGCAACUGUGUCCUGGAAGUGCGGCCCUCCACCGCCGGCGCGGAGCCGGAGGCGCGGUCGCGGUCGCCGCAGCCGCAGCCUGCGAGUGCAGACGGCGGCGGCGGCGGAGGUGGUGGUGGCGGCAGCGGCGGCGGUGGCGGUGGUGGUGGCGGCGGCGGCGGCGGCGGCGGCGGUCGGGCAGGAGCCCCGCGGUCCGGUGGCGCGGGCUUCCUGCCGCGUCUUCCGAGUGGGCCUGUCUUGGCAGGUGCAGGUGGCGGUGGCUCUGCGCUGACGGCGCUAAGCGCUGCCGCGGCCGCCCACCUCCCAACCAUCAACGACCCAAUCGCCGCACCAGGGGCCGCCAACGGUCUUACAGUUGGCUACGCCCAUAGCCCCGUCGGCCCAGCCAGCCCCACCCGCACCACCGCCAGCGGUCAACUGUCGCCCAACCGCCGCAACUCCCAUCCGUUGGGAUCCUGGUCGUACGACGCGGCGGCAGCGGGUAACGGUAACGGUAAUGUCAACGGUGCGGCGGUUAUGCUACCGACCCUUUCCAUGGAUCCGAGGCUUGCUGGCUUCUACAACGGCGCGGGGGCCAGCGGCAGGGGCGUGGAACAGCCGCGGCGCUGGCGCGGCUCCGGCGCAAACAGCGGCAAGGGCGGCAAGGGCGGCGGGGCCGGCAGCGGCGGCGGCAGUAGCCACAGCAACAGCCCUCUGCAGCAGCAGCACCACGCGUACGGGCUGCAGCAGCAUGGCGCACCGCAGUCGCGAGACCUGGUCACCGCCGCGCGGCAGCAGGUCAACGUCAUGGCACAGGCGCUGGUCGCACAACAGGCUGCGGAGCAACAGCUGAAGCGGCAGCAGCAGCACCAGUCACCGGUGCUGCAGCCUCGUGCGAGCGGUGCGGCUGUAGCAGCUGCCGCGCCUGCUGCUGGCGUCAUUCCGGCCAUGUUUGGCGCCGCCCACACCUCUGGUGGCUUCGGCGCGGGGUUUGGCGGCGCCGCCGCCGCCAGCAGCGGCUCUGCAGAUGGAAUAAAACCGCCUGUGAACGGGCAACAGAAGCGCUUGGCGGCUGGCGGCUCCUUUCAGUCGUACGUGCUUGCUGGAAGGGGGACGCGGUGAGACGUGGGGGCAAGCGGCAGUUGCUGGUGAGGAAGUGAGGAGAGGGCGGGGCAAGUGGGAUUUUAGAAGUUAUAACUUUGGUGGUGUGCAAACGUGGGGGCACAAUCGUUGUGUGUGCGGCUGAAGGUUCGUGGGGGUGGCUGGUAUGGCUAGGAUGCGUGUGGAGGGUGGGGGCGGGGGGCAAGGCUGUGUGCAAGGCUGUGUGCCGUGCAGGGCCUGUUGACAGUUGUGGGUACCGGACACAGGUGAUGAUGUGGGUGCACCGACGGCGUGUGAGGUCGGGGGGGGGGGGGCUACAGCCCAACAAUAGUCAAGGAAUCGUCGCGGGGGGGGGGAAUAGAUGCGACGUAUUCAGUAUUGGUGCAGUCGGUAAUGACCACACGGCUGAAUCGAGUUGCAAGAUGGUGUACUUUAACAUUGGUACAGUGCUUGAGUUUGAUAGCGUCUUGCUUUGCUGCUUGCGUGAUGCCGUGAUGGUUGAGGCGUGUGGCUGGUCUGGGGCAGGACGGUCUGGCAGGUAGAUGCGUGCGGCAGGGACCCGAAGUCACCUCGUGUACAUUAUCGGGUGAUGUCGAGUGUCAUGGCUGGCGGAGUUGGUGGUCUGGCGGCGGCGUAGCGUUCUCUUUGUCCGGCUGAUGUUAUGCAGGGGUGCCCGGAUGUUAUGCUUUCUGUUGCACUCCUGAACGCUACUCGCUUCCCCAGAAGAAGCCGGUUCAGCAGCUUUGUAGGAGUGUGGGACGGAGUGCGGCAAGGUCCGUGCCCCUCUCGACCCGGCUACGAGCUUCGCCACGAAUGGUGCACUGCCCUGAGGAUGUGAUGAUGACACGACGAUGACAUGAGGACUGGACAGGACUGGGCUGGACAUGCGCCAAGCAGUGCCCCGGGCCCCGCCAACACCACCCUUAUACUCUGCUAUGCGUAUACACGGCUACUUCCUGCGAAUCCUGCC